ACUUUAUGAAACUUUCUCUCCCGAGCUGGAUGAAUAACUGCGUUAACGUCGGCGGGUCACAUCUCUGAGCUUCGCAGGGGCUUGAAGCGUCCGAGCCACGAUGACAUUCGCCAGCUGUCAGCGGUAACACGAGUGGAUAUAUAAAUAUAUGUACUGUAUACAAUUACGUCCUGAUUGCUUUUUUUUUUUUUUGCUUUUCCAACGGAGACCCGGCGCACCAGUGGUCGCCUGUGUCCGGGAGAGCUGUAAGAGGCGAAUUGUACAGCACCAACACUGGAUUUAUUGACGCUCUCUUCGUGAGCGCCCCUGGAUCAGCACAUCUGAAGGAGGAGGAGAGCGCUGGGUGAAUAUAAACACGCUUCCCGAAACACAGAGACCAGAAGAAAACAAACCCUGUGAUGCUGUCUUCUGACAACGCAGUUCGUUAAGGACAACGCUGGGGAGUAAAGCGCUCGAAACUAACAACACAUCGCACUACCUAUCUUUCUUCCUUCAACACCCCGGGACGUGUGUGUGCAGCCGGGCGGGCAGGGACCUCUGGACGACGCUGCUCUUGGAUGCUCCUGAUAAGGGAUUAACAGAACGUACUCGCUUUUUUUUUGGAAAAAACACACACGAAGGCGAGAGGAGAAGAGCGGUGUUUUGCCUCGCCGGUGACUCUCGCUCUGCUCCGCGCGCCGCCCCCCCGCGCGCCGCCGUCCCGAGCCCGGAGUCGCCGAGGAGCGGGUGGCUCGUGUCGCUCUCAAUGCUCAGCCGGCUCUCGCGGCGACCGGCAGCUGGGCGGCACGAUGCGCUCGUGGGGUGUGCUCCUGUUCCCGGCGUGCUGCUGGCUGCUGUGUGCUAGCGCCCAGGGGGACCCCCUGCCCAGAGCUCUGGUCGAGCUGGUGCAGAGCAGCUCCAUCAACUCCAUCGAGGACCUGCGGCGCCUCCUACUGACUGACUCCGUAGAGGACGACCCGGACAGCCCGGCCAGUGGGGGCGCCCUCUCCAACAGCACCUUCAGCCGCCUGCCGAGGAGCCUGAUGCUGGAGGCCGAGCCCGCGGUGCAGGCCCAGUGCAAGGUGCGGACGGAGGUCAUGGCCAUCACCCGCGGCAUGGUGGACCGCAGGAACGCCAACUUCCUGGUCUGGCCGCCGUGCGUGGAGGUGCAGCGCUGCUCGGGCUGCUGCAGCCUGCGGGGGCAGCGCUGCCUGCCCACCGCGGUGCAUCUGCGCCACCUGCAGGUGGUGAAGAUCGAAUACGUCAACAAGAAGACCAACUACGGCCGGGCGGUGGUGUCGGUGGAGGACCACCUGGCCUGCCGUUGUGCGUCCACCGCUGAUGUGCCCCGAGCUGCCCCGAGGGAGCCCCAGCACCAAGCGCGGCCACGGCAACCGGAGUCACGGCAACCAGAGACACCGCAACCGCAUCAUCAUCAGCAUCAGAAGCAGCAGCAAGAACAGACACAACCACAGCACCACGAUCCUCAUCACCCUCCAGAAGAAGUAUAUCGGCAGCCACCAGAGGAAGAGCAACACUUACACCGACAGCAGGCAGAGGAACAUCACCGGCAUCAGAAACUGCAACACAAAGAGCAACAGCAGCAACUGGAAGAAGAGCAACACUUACACCGACGGCAGCCAGAGGAACAUCACCGGCAUCAGAAACAGCAACACCAGGAGCAACAGCAGCAGCCAGAGGAACAUCACAAGCAACAGCAUCACCAAGACCAACAGCACCCCAGCAACAGAACUACAACACACAGGCCAGGGACAGCGGCCCCCCCGGCGACGCCCCCUCCCGCUCGGCAGCGGGCGCGGCGCCCCCACAGGAAGAGACAGCGCAAGACCCGGCACGGCCUGACCAAGGCAGCCAUGCGGGCACUGCUGUUGUAGAUCAACCUGGACCUUGCAGAAACGGUUCCUGACGGCACAUCUGUGAGAACAGGAGCAACCAGAGAGCUGCCUGAAAACGGGACCUCGUGGAUGGACGAUAUUUUGAAACUUUCCGUCUCUGUUUUUAAAUGACGUUAUUAUUUUUUUUUAUUAUUGCUGUUGUCAAGAGUAUAUUUUUAUAUUGGAAA